AGCAUAUCCUCAACUCGUUUAGAGUCUUCCAAUGAGCUUAAAUCAGCAAGCCAACCAAAUUCCCAGGCAGUCGGUCGAGCAUGACGAUAAACCGAAAGAAAUCGACCCUCGGGACCGUGCUGCCAUAACCGAUGGCUUAUCAGAUCAAUCAAAUAUGGAACUUCUGUCCAAGGCUGGAUGUGCUACAAAGAGGAACAGACUCAAGGACGGGAGCAGCGCUCGAGCAUCUCCUGCCCCGGAGAGUCGAUCUUCAUGAUUGAGAUAACUGUGCCUUUAUCAUUUGUUGCUAAAGGGGCAGUGCCUGUCUUUGAGCGAAUCUUCUAGAAUGGAACACAUUGUGUGACUGCACUUCGGAUCAAUUUCAUUAUUGUUUUUUAAUUGGCGAUUUAGUUAUAGCAUUUAUUCUCUUCGCCUCGAGGGUUAUAUUGG